AAUGUCACUCAGCGCCAGCUGCAGAAGCGAAACAGAGGGAAGCAAUAUAACCAAUAUAACCUAUAAAAAGAUACUUGUAACUUGUAACAUGUUAAACUAAUGUAAAUUCUAUAACGUAGGUUGAACUGGAAUGGGUUGAAUUGGUAAAUACUGCGUUUUGUUGUAUGUGUGCAAUUAAGCAGCGUUUUUUGUAGAUAUAUGCAUAGUGUUAUUCUGAUUUUUAACUCUUCUUAAGGCAACCUAUAAAUUCUUUAAAAAUGAACAAUUUUUCUGAAGCUCAUUAUUUUACGUUGCCCACUCAGGGAAGUGUUUAUUCCCUUGCUGUUCUUAAUUUAUGUUCUGGAAUAAAUAAGUUCAUAAUUGCUUCAUUAAAGAAAAAAAUCAUAAUAUUUGAAUAUUCUGAAAAUUCAGAUGGAACCCUCAAGCCUAAUGUCAAAGAAAUAUCAUGCUCUUACAUUCCAAGUGGAGCUGAGAUAAUUGCUGUUGAUGCUUUUAACAAAUCUGAUACCUAUGAUGAUUUUCAAAUUGGCCUUGCCAUAGCAAAGAUAAAUACAGAUGGAGGUCAGGAAACAUAUUUGAACGUCUAUUCAGAACAAGAUCUAGAUAAUAACAAUAAGCUAAAUAUUGAUAACAUUGCUCAGAACUGUGCAAUGGUGGAGCUGAGUUUUAUCCCAUAUCAUUUGACUCACACACUCAUAUGGCGUCGUUUGGAAUGUUCUGUUUAUAAAGAAAUAGCAUGGUUAUUAUCAGGCAGUGAUAAUAAGAUCCAUCUGUUUGUUGAGGAUCGGCAAAGUCACUCGUACAUGGAGACCGAUAUAACUGAACAGUUACCUGAGUUUACAGUCCUGCCAAGUGUUGGUUUAUGGAUAGAUAUUCGUUACACUCACAAUUUUACAAGGCGGGUUUCUGUGGUCGGAUGUGACUGUGGGACCCUUCAGAUGUCUCUAGUUAACGUGGAGACUAACAGUGUCAUCUUCAAUCAGUUCAGCAUCCUAGACGGUCCAAUCACUCAAGUCAAACUGUUCUCCCUUGCACCUAAGGACAUUCAUCCACCUAGUGUCUUGAAAUCUUUAGAGGUAGAAGAAAGAGACUGUAAUCCAGAUCCUUUGAAGAACGAUCUCCAUCUCAUAGUCUGUAGUGCACUGGUACCAACAGUUGUGUACAUGAAUAUACAAGAACAGGGGUUUGUGGAGAGACAAAUCCUAAGUGAGAGCGACCACUACGAUGUUAAUUUGUGUGCCUGCGUGGCUGACAUAAACUUUGAUGGCUUCCAUGAAAUUCUGCUUGGAACAUUUGGAAAGAAAAUCCUAAUGUACACCUGGAAUGGUGAUAAAUGGAAGCUGAGUGGUCAACGUAACACGGCCAACUCUGUCCACUCAUUACACUAUGUUGAUGUCACCAACGAUGGUGUUAAUGACCUACUUAUCCAAACUCCAUCAGGAGUUCAUAUCCUGCAGCACUGUCCUGGGAGAGUGCACAACGUUUUCUUAUCAAGAUUGAAGGACGAUGAUGCCGGAAGAGAAAUCUCUGUCGAUAUUGACAUAGCUGAGGCUUUUCUGGUAGACAAUGUUUCGGUGGAGGAUUCCCAGGAAUGCUUACUGGAGAUAGAUGAGCCUCCGAUACCUUUACAAUCAGGGGAUGCUGUGGAUGUGAUAGUCGGAGAACUUUCACCUGAAACCUCCAUUGUCAAUGAACCUCUUCUAGAGACUAUUGAAGUACAGAAACCUCUCUCGGACUCAGACUUCGAUCACAAACCUCUGUCAGAUCUGGAGGACUGUCCUUGUGAAGAAGCUUUUGAACAAACGGAGAACUAAAAUAUAUGAUAUUAUUAUUUACUAAUGUAUGAACAGUUGUUAAUUUUGAAUGAAUUUAUCUCAUGGUUAAAUACAGCCUAUAUUUUAUACAUUUAUUAAUUAAAAUGUAACUUGUUACUGUUUUGUUCUUUCCACA